GCACAUGAUUUGAUUAUUUUUUGAAUUUUACCUACGCUCCCGCUUGAGUUUUUAAAGAUAGCAUUUUUAAAAUUUGUUCUCUUUUCUUACUUAUCAAAUUGUAAUUAAAAUGUCUGUGCAGUUAAAAUGUAAAAGUCAUUCGUAAAAAGUGUUAUGAUAUUUGAGAAAAGUGUGUAAACGAUAUGCAAGAUUAACAAGUAAAGUACCUAGUAAAAGAAAAUAUUGUUAUAUACCUAACAUGUCGUGUUACGACAAAUCUCCUGUGAAAACUGUAUCAGAACUGGAUAAAACUCUGUCAGAUCAGAAACCUGCAUCCGGACUGGACAAAACGCCACCAGAUCAGAAACCUGAAUCAGGAUUCAAUAAAAAACCAUCAGACAAAGCAAGUAAAACUAUACCGGUACUUAUUCAAAGAACCACUUCUAGCACUGAAUGUCCAAAUGAGAUGAACCAGAAUUUGUAUAACAAUAAAAAUGUUAAAAACCAGAGUUGGGCCUCAAACUACUUACAGAGUAUUGGAUUAACAUAUGACACAACUAUUUAUAAGCGAAAAAAUAAAUUGAAUUCAAGCGAAGAUAAGUCUAGUAAUUUUCUCAUACAAAAUUCGAUGGUUACAAGAUAUGCAAAUGUAAAUUUGGCAAAUGACAUAACAAACGUAAAUUAUAAUAAUGUGUGCAAUGUAUCAAGUUAUGAAAAUGAUGUAUCUUUUACAAACUAUAAUAAUAUUCCUGCUACUACAGAGAUUCAUGGAAAUUUGUCAACAGCGUCAUAUAUAAACACCUACAUAAAUAAUCAUAAUAACAGUUAUUAUUUCAAUCAACCUAAAGAAAAUGUUGCGAGCGAUCAGUUUCCUGUAAUGUAUUAUGAUUCAGUUACUCCUAAUACUAUGGCUAAUACAAAUCUACCAACUACAUACCUUAAUACAUUUGAUCAAUCUAGGAGGAUUAAUGUCACAAACAAUACUUAUUAUAAUUCAAAUGAAAGCUCACAAAUGGUAGGCGUCGACUUACCAGUAACAUACUUGGACACUUAUUCCAAUCAAAAUAAUUACUGUGGUCAAAAUAGCAUUUUGAAUGAAAAUCAUACGAUAACGCCAAUAAAUCUUUAUGAUAAUGAAACUUCGAUCACUAUAGAUUCAAACUUACCAACAUCAAAUUCAGGCCCUCAUGAUAGUGAUAUUCAUACAAAUCCCUCAAACGCUUUCAAUCGGAUAAAUGUUGUAAAUUCACAACAAAACAAUGUUUUGAAUGAAAGCCAAAACGCCCAAACGAUAACGUCAGCGAAUCUUUAUGAUAAUGAAGCUCCAGUCACUAUAGAUUCAAACUUACAAACUUUAAAUUCAGACCCUGAUAACAGUGCUGUUCAUACAAAUCCCUCUACAGUUCUUAAUCAGGAAAAUGUUGAAAAUUCACAAAACAUAGAAAAAUCAGCUCUGAAUAUAAUAGAAAGAGAAAAAUGUUGCAAUUGUUUAUGUUCCAAAUCAAACCAAGACAAAAAACAAAUUAAAGAAAAUGAACAUAAACAAACAAAAAAAUUGGAACAGAUAUGUUUGUCAAAAGUACAAGAAAAUGAAAAGAAAUUUCGUGACUUUUUGCAAAAAUUGAAUAUGAAACGUCAUUCCGAACAAGAAAAUAAUGAAAUAUAUAAAGAAGAUAAGGCUGAAAAAAAAAGAAGAAAACGAACAGAUUCCCAACAAGCGAAGGAAACGAGCCCAAAACUUUUCAAAAAAAAGUAUGUAGAUGAGCAAAAUACCACUAGAAAUAAGAGAAAAGAAAUUCAACCAGCUAAAAAAACGCACACAAAGGUUAUAGAAACAAAUUAUGUAGACGAACGAGUAUAUAGUAAGAACGAAAAGAGUAAAGUGAUUGAAUUUCCACAUGACGAGAAAAUGCGCCAUCCACAUGACGAGAAAAUGCGCCAAAUAUUUAAACAUGCGAAGUAUCUAGAUAAGCAACAACAUGAAAUGAUUAGAAAGAGAAACGAAGUAGUCCGACAAGACGAGAUAACUCGUCCUAAGUUUAUAAAGACAAAGUAUGUGGAUGAACAAGAACCAUUCUAUCGAUCUCCUAAAAAGCCAAGGAUAGAUAAUGACUAUGAAAUCAUCCAUUAUACUAACCCUGAAUAUAAAACAAUGAAAAAACUAAAUAUUGACAAUAAAUGUGAAAAACCGAAGUCGGAAACUACGACAAGUAAAAUUAAUAAAAGAGAAGAUAACAGCCAUAACUUUAAGACGUUAAAAACAGAAUCUAAAAAGUACUUUAAGUAUAAAGACUGUGACGAAACUAGUAAAACAUCUCCAGAAAAGGGUAUUUUAAAAAAAAAUAACGACUCAAAGAAAUAUCUUCGUCCUGAUAUUUCUGAAAAUAAAGACCUAAGAAAUAUUCUUAGCCGAAAAUUACAUAAAAAAGAAAAUAUUACAAAAAAUAAUGGACAUGAAUAUGAAGAACCUAAAAAUAAAUCUGAUGUUUUGAAUGAUAAUUUAGUCAUAACAGUAAACAAUAAUAUAGGUGAUAUGGAAAAGUUACCUGAAAAAAAUUCAAAUAAGAACAAGCCCAAACGUGAUUCGUGCAAAAAAAUAAAUUUGGUGAUAAAUAUAUUAUACAAAGAACCUAGUUCCCAAAGCGAAUCUGAUAAAAGUGAAGACGAUAAUCAUUCUCCGCUAGCUAAUUCUGAUCUAAGUUUUUUGGAUGAAAUCAAUGUGGAUGAAAUAGUUGAAAGUCUCAGCAAAAGUGAAAAGAUUGGCAUUCACAAAAAUACUUUAAAUGAUGAGUCUAACACGAAACCGGAAGAAAGAGUUUAUGUAAACGAAACUGAUAUAAACAAUGAUUUGAUAAAAAAGGAAAAUGUAGACAUUAAUAAAGCACAUGUAAUCACGAAUAAUGGAGACUUACUAAAUGAUCUGUUAUUGAAAGAAGCAAGCCUCUUAGACAGUCUCAGACUUGUACAUCAAGAAAUAGAAAAACGUAGUUUGGGCAAUUUUCACAAAGAAGAAAAACAGCUGCUUGACCAUGCCACGCCUGUGUCUAGUAUACUGCCUGAAACUGAAGACCAAACACUAUCUCUGAUGCCUAUCAAUACUCUACUUGAAAGCAUAAAAAAACGCGGAACAAAAUAUAAGAUAGAUAUGUCGUGUGACGAAUAUCCAUCUAAUAGAGAGAUGAAUUUAUAUAAUCUAAAACCAAUAAAUGAAACGAACAUUUUAGGCGGCGAUUUAAAUAUAACUACUAUAGACCUAUCGAGCGAUGACUCAAAUGACUAUAAGAAAAUGGAUGAAAUUAAAUUGAAAACAACAAUUCAGGAAGAAAAAUCACUUAAUUCAAUUCAAACAAAAGAUUGUUUUUAUAAUUUCAACAGAAUGCAGCAAAUUAAUACCAUUGAUCUAACUUCAGAUGAAAUAGUGGACGAAGUAAACGAAAUCCAAGUAAUAACAUUGUUUGAAAACGAAUUUAAUAACACAGUUGAUGAUACCAUAAAUAACGUGCAUACAAUUGAAUCUAAUAAAGUUUUACAAAAAAACGGAGAUACAAUGAAAGAAAAUAACACAAUUCCAGGAAACGAUGAUUUCAAUAAUAGAAAAAAGUUAGUAGAUACAAUGACGAAAAUAAAUAACAACACAGUUAAAAAAGUAGCAGAUACUCUUAUUAUAAAAGAAAAACCACAAAAUAUAAAAACAAACAAUGAUCUUAAAGAACUACCAAAUAAACAAAUUACGAAACCACAAAGUAGUAUUUCCGCUGAACCCAAAACUGGUAUAUCUAAAACUUCAGCCGAUGAUUGUAAUAUUACUCAAGAAAAUUAUAUUAGCGUAACAGAGUUUGUAAAUAUAGUUAAUUCUGAUAGGGGAAUAGAAAACAAUGAUAGUGAAAGUCAAUUAGAGAUAAAUGACCAUAUAUGUACAUUUGAUAUUACAACUGGGAUAUCGAAAGCAUUAGUUGAAGACACUACUCAUAAUAAAGAAAACAGAAUGAGCGCAAUUUGCAAGGAAGAAGUAAUACGUGGUACUAAUUCCAGCGCCAUUAAUUUCAAUAUUGAACAUAAUAAUAACAACGCAAGCAAAGCGUCAGAAAAUGAAAACGUGGCCCAGUUUAACCAAAAAUGUACAGAAAUUGAUAAAUACAUAUCUGAAGAUAAGAACACUGUAAAUGUAUGCGAUACUUUGAUAGGAGAAAAUGGAAUAAAAGAGAAAAAUGCGAAAGGCAGCGAUACUGUUAUAGAAAUAUUAAAUGAACAAGAUGGAUCAUCGAACGAUGUCACGAGAACUGAACAAAAAGAUGAAAACAAUAGUUCAAUAAAAACCAAAGAGACUUUGAAAACUCAAAAUGAAGUAAAAAAUAAAUCCGAUUCUUUAGAUACCAAAAUUAUUCCUUCUUCCUCUUUGGAUUCAAAUAACCCCACGGAACAGAAAUCGAAGAAAGAUGAAAUUAAUGACAAGUUCGUCAAUAAAGUUAAGUUUGGAGGUUACAAUAAAAAGCUUAAUAGUACUAUAAUAGACAGAGAUGCAGCUAUAGCAGUAAGGUUAGAACGGCAGAUGUUAAAAUGUUUUAAUGAAAAUAUUUUAGUGGAUAGUUUGAUCCAUUCGGGAAGCUUCUCGAAGAUAUUUCGUUGUCGUAAUGAGAAAACUGGCCGUUAUUAUGCUGUGAAGAGUCUCAACAGCAGCGCAUCAGUGUAUAAAAACGCACAGCAAGUUGACAUGUUGUUUGGCCUGCAGAGCGGUAAGGCGAGCAGUUGCUUCUCUUGCGUCUACAUAUUAAACUCGUUCUCGUUCGGCGGCCAUUUGUGUUUGUUCAUGGAUUAUUAUCCGAAAAAUUUGAAACGCGCUUUGGAGGAGAAUGCCAAACCGUUCCACAUUAACGUUGUCCAACAUCUGGCGAGGCAACUGGUGUCUGCUGUAGCCUUACUUAGCGAACACGACAUACUGCAUUCCGACAUAAACCCCAAACACAUCCUACUCGACCACACAAACAGCCAGCUCAAACUAUGCGGCUUCGAUCGAGCUAGAAAAGUCCCAAACAUCAAACCGAAUCCGAAUAUUGUAACUUCAAAUUACCGGCCCCCUGAAUCAAUAAUUGGUUACAAGCUCGGAAUCAAAGUGGACGUAUGGGCAACGGGUUUGGUUCUCUAUGAAAUGGCCACAAAUAUACAACUGUUCCCCGGGACCACAGACAAUGAUAUAUUGUUCAAGCAAAUGUGUACGCUGGGAGCGUUACCCGUAGAAAUGAUUCAGAGGUCACGUUUCAGCCACAAGCAUUUCACCGGAUCUAGUUUCAAGAGAAUAAUGGAACCCUCCCACAAUAUCAACCUAAAAACAAAGUUUUACAAAAGUAGAAGACUGGAGUCCACAAUAUCUAGAGCGUACAACACAUACUGGAGGCCGAGUGCGACCAAACAGGGCCUGUCGGCGGACGCGGAGAAGUGUAUGUCAUUAACGUCACUAUUGAGGGAAAUGUUGCAAAUGGACCCCCGACAGAGGAUGCCUAUACAGUUUGUAAAUUUGCACCCUUUUAUUAGUCGUUUUUAAUUUUUGUUAUAUAUCAUUGCAAAGUUAAAAAAUAUUGAUAUACUUAUGAAAUGACAGUUAAGAUUUGAAAAUCAUUCCCCAAAAAAUAUGAUACGCAAUGGAAAUAAGUAUUUGUCGUAACAAUUUUGUAUUUAGCACUAUAUAUUAUUUAUAGUAUCGACAUAUGUAUUAAUAGAUCGUCACGCAUUCUUUAUUCUUUCUAAAUCUAUUGUUGUUUGUACUAUUAAAUCUUUUAGGGUUCCGUACCUCUCAAAAGGUAAAAAUGGAACCGUUAUUGUUUUAAUUAAACCAUGUUUUAUGUUGGUAUUUUUCGACGCCAUUUUUAAACUAAUGCAUUAGUUUAAAUAUCUGCGAAAACGGGAGUUUUAUUCGCCAACCAAUCCUAGGAAUAUAAGUUUUAUUUAUUUAUUCUUAUAAGCUAUGAAACCUAUUAUAGUUAAAAUAUGUUUGUCCCUAUCACGCGUUUUGAAUAUUUUAAAUUAAAGAACGACAAAGAGAAAGACUACUAACUAAAAUAGGUUAGCAAGCAUUUAUUAUUUUUUCAAUUUAUGUUAGUUUUAAUUUUGUUGUUAUUCAGAAGUCAAAUAUUUAAGUUAUUGUUUUCCGUCAGAUACGUAAGUAUAAAAAAUCAAUGUUAACUCGUAACAUAAAAUUUAAAUAUUUUAGUACUGCUAAAUUAAAUAAAACCUUGAUUAAGUUAUAAAA